CCUCCUUUAGGCAUUUUUACGCGAGCUUUUAGUGUGGUUCCGCGCAUACAACCAGCAGUGUCGUGAAUCUCUUUCGAUUUCCCUUUCACGUCUUUUUAUUUCUAUUCUUUUUGCAUACGUAGCGAUUCGUCUUAUCUUCUACCUGUUCGUCUUAAUUUCUCCCAAACAGUGACUUCUUUCAUCUCUCAUGCGCUUUCAUUUUUAUUUCCUCUAAAUAUCGAUCCUUUUUUAUCCUCAAUUUCUUUUUCUCAAUAUUUUUAUUUUUCGUUUUCCUUCCCCUUUCGAGUAGCGAAUUUUUCUUUCUUCCCAAGUUUCAUUCUUUUGAAGUGCUUUCACCAAGCUUUCCAAGUGCGGACGCACGCGUACACGCGCUUGCGAGAUGAGAAGUGCGCGCGACGAUGAAUGAUCGAACCGAUCGAAUUCCUGAAAGAUUUCCAUCGGUGGACACCUUCGAGGAAGGUUGUUGCGUACCAUCGAAGCUUCGUGGAUCGAGCUGGGUGACUGGAUCGUCGGUUUGUCAUCCUCUUUACGCGUAACUGGAAUUUCAUUUGGUUACGAGGAAAGAAAUUUUGGCUUGUCCCUGUUACUUCGGAGUUUGGAAUUAUUGAUCGAUACGGGUAGAAUAUUUGGCACCAGCGAUCCAUAGAGAUACAACUAGAAUAUAGAGCAAUAAAAUACAGCGAUACAAUGGUGAAUUGAUACGAAAUAAACAAGAAAUCUAGACGUAGACAUAUCACUUACGAAACACGUGGUCUUGUAAUGCGUGAAGUAUUAAUAUCUCUCUAACUGGAUGAUUAAAUUUCGUAAGGAAAAACGAUGGCAAGAUUCUCGUAGAAUCUAUGACACGGACAGAUUUCAGAUGUUUCAUUAUAGAUUCAUUCAUUUAUUAUUCCUCCGACUCUUCAAACAGACUCUUCAGUUGCUGUUCCGUGUAAAAAGUACCGAGCAAUAUUUCGACUCAUUUACAGCCCCUUAACUUUUACAUAGAGAUAGGGGUCAAGAUUCCUCCAAUCAAUUUUCCAUUCGGGGAAACUGUAUGCGGUACAGUAUUCAAUAUUCGAACGCUGGAUUCUGGAGAAGAACCUCUGCAAGUAUUUUUUUUCGAAGCUAAAAUCUCCGCUGAUAUACUUGAAACAUUUAGCCAACAGUAAGAAAGUUCUCAGUUUUAAUUUUACUAAAGAUAUUUCAUAAUAGUUACAGUUGUAAAGAUCUAAAAUUAAUUUUGAACGUUUGGAAUAAUGUAACAAUCGUAAAACGAAUGUUCUGCUACGAUAUCUUCAACAAAUUUACUUUCUGUUUUCACUCGAUUUUGGAAACUUAGCCACAACAGAGGACUAAAAUCCUGAAAGUUGGAAUUUAACUUCAGAGGAUAAAAUAUUGAUUUCACGUGUUGAGAUACAUGUACCAAGACAGUGGUCGAUUUGAAUAUUUCAUACACAAUGUCCGAUCAAUGACCUCUCCUGGAAUGUCACACGGUGUGUCGAAGAACCCAGAAACCCUCUACCACUGUGCCCAGAAAACAAAUCACGAAUUCUACUUCAUCCUGCGAUUCCCAGGCUUCUCCGUUUCACUUGGUAUCUAUCUUUCAUCUCCAUUCGACUGUACGGUUUAUCGAACCUACAAGGCGUUGCUUUCAACCAACACCCAUAGCUUUUCUAUUAAUCAUUCAAGUGACAGAGCAAGAAAGUAGAAACUUGAAAUUACAGUCAGAACAGAUAUGUACGAAAUAACAAAGGAAAAUAAUAAGAAACUUCAACUCGUAUCCGUGCGUAUAAUUACAUUCAUCUGACCACGUUAGGGAACAAACAAUAAAAUCCACAUAAUUCACGUAGUAUAAGCAACGACCGACUGUCUGCAUUGCCUCAAAUUUUCUCACGUAAUGGGAAUUCACGUUCAGAUAAGUAGAUUCGGUACACAGGAAAUCGUUUAGUCAGACACUAAAUAACAUUUUGUUCGAUAUGUAAGUAGAGUUUCAUUUUGUACCUAUAAUUUGUCGUUCGUGCAGAAGAAAAUUCAGACAGCGAUCCACAUUCAGACAAGUAGAUUCAAUCGAUACAUAAUCGGACAGAAACUAGAAUUUCGUGCGAGUAGGUAAAGUUGCAUUGUAUCUACAACGUUUAGUUCGUGCAGUAGGAAUUCACAUUCAGAUAAGUAGAUUCAGUGGGUGGUUUACAUUCAGAUAAGUAGAACAGUCAAUAGUUUACAUUCAGAUAAGUAGAUUCAGUCGGCACCACGUUCGAACAAGUAGAUUCGGUCGACAUACAAUCAGACGCUGACUAAAAUUUCGUUUCAAUAAAUAGAGUUGUAUCGUAUGGAAUUUUAUUCUAUCAUAUGGAAUUGGGAAAAAUAAAAUUCAAACAAACGCCAAUAUGGUGGCAGUUAGGUUCCCGAUAUUUCCCCUUCCUAUAUAGAAUUUUCAUUGAAAACAUUCUCUUUUACUCUCCUUAAUUAAACUAUACAUAGUUUGCCCACAAUGUAUGAUUACAUUUCUAAUAUAUAUUAAUAACAUCGUCUGCGGUUUCGGAACAAGAACAGAACCAACGUAAUCCCUGCGUGUCGUAAAAGACGACUAAAAGGGAAACCCAUUGUUUAAAAAAUGUAAAGAGACUUGUAUGCAAAUUUUCGAACGAAAAAUGUGAAACAAAGAAAUGGGAUAAAAAGGGAAAGAUUUUGGAAUAUUUAACAGUAAAUUCUCUUACGAAAAUUAAUGAAUUAACUAACUUAUUAAUCAAUCUAACGUGGUUCUCAUUCUUUUAUGAAAAGGCGAAUGAAUCUCAACCUACAAAUCUCACUGUCUCUCCCUCUCUUACUUUUUCGCCAUAGCUCCUCCCUGAACAGACAUCGUAUUCGUUCUUUGAAACAGCAACAUAUGAAAAGAAUAGAGAAAGGAGGGGGAAACGUGUCGGAUUAUCCGGCGGCCGGCCUGAUCGGACCUAGAAAGGCGGUUGUUCUAAGGUUUCCGCGUUUGGCGUAGGAAGCCAGCCCGUGGACUGGCUCGUGUCUUGACAGAGUGAGACACAAAAUCAUCAGGCCAAGAAUUCGUCGUUGUGGAUCGUUAAACGUCGUUAAAAAUCGACACCGGUGUGCAAACGUACGCUACAUACGUUAUACUCCUACCACUUUCUUCGCCCCUUCUACGAGGAUGGAUCGUAACGAGAGCGCAAACGAGGGCGGAAGCUCGCCGGACACGGUGAUCGCACGCUCCUCGUCCGAAGAGGAGCGGAACAGGUUCGCGUGUAGCACUUCCGGCGAAUACGUGACCGUAGGUGACAGCAGCUCCAGCGUAGACACGGUCACGAGCGUUGGAACGACGACGAACGUGGCCACCGGUGACCCACCGGCCACAGACGAUAAGAAAAAGGGAAGAUUCGGAGCUUUGAAGAGCAGCUUCCGGAAGGAGGGAGGAUUGUUCAAGAUUAGGAGGAAGAACAGGCAGCUGGACGAAUCGGCUGCCGAGCCUGAGCUGGAUGUCGAGGAAAAAGAAACGGGUCGGAAGCGGAGUUCAGUGGAGGAGGAGGACGACCGCAAGGUCGUCGUUGGUCCAUCGACGGUCUUGAAGAAGAAGAAGAAAAAGUCGAACUCGUUGGUGCGCAAACUGAGCCUGAACAAAUUUCGUCUGUCGACGGAGCAGGAGCCGAGGCACACGCCCGAGGGUGGUGACAGCAGUCGAUCACAGAGCCAAUCGUCGCAGGAAUUGUCUAGCCUCUCCGACAGCCCGUCGAAGACCGCGAGGAAGGGGCAAGAGAUCGAGAGGCUUGGCCAUCGCGACGGAUACGAGGCCGACGAGCAGCCUGACACGUUAUACGACGUGGACAGGGAGAAGGGAGAGCCGAGGAAACCGGAGAAACCGACGGAGAAACCGGUGAGCACGGUGACCGUAGUGCAGCGCAAGUCGCCGUCGUUAACCAUCAGGAGCUUUUCCACGAAGAGUCAGUACGAUUCCCAAUCCUCGGAGAAAUCUCCUCGUCUGGAAGCUCGGUGCAGCUCGACGCUUCCCUAUGCGCUUUCAAAAUGGGCGGAGCAAAAGCCGCCGAAACCAACGUCGACCGAACCACCUAGAAAAUCCAAAUUGAACACGAAAUCCGAGUCCGAGUCUGGAAUACCAAAAUCGUCCCCUCGCGAGGUUAGACGAAAAUUGUCCUUAUUGGAGGAGAAACGGGCGAUUUUUCAGCGUCGUUUGUUCGAAACUACUCGUGACACGGAUUCGGGCGAGACAGUGAUCGCUGUUACCGUCGACGACGACGAUAAAUCGCCGUCAGUGACGGAGGAGGAGAAACGAGAGGAAAAUCAAACGAAGAAGAAGGCGAGGCAUAUCAGUGUGAAAAAGUUCGACACGUUCUCCACGUUCGAGGGUACGUUCGACGAGGAGACUGGAGUUGGCUAUCUGGCUGGUAUCGAGGAGGAUUAUACCGAGAGCUACGAUAGACAGCACGAUAGUUACCUGGCUACUGUGGGGUCGAUGAUGGCCGACAACGCGGAGAAGAGCAAGGUCGUCAGUCAGGAUAGCAUGUCGUCACAGAACAAUGCGCCGAAUGCCGGAUUAGGCGAUAAACGAGAACACUUGUAUAAAAUCCUGGUAAUUGGCGAGCUGGGCGCUGGAAAGACGUCCAUUAUCAAGAGAUACGUUCAUCAAUUCUUCUCGCAACAUUAUCGCGCGACGAUUGGCGUUGACUUCGCACUGAAAGUGUUGAACUGGGACCCGCACACGAUCAUAAGGCUGCAGUUAUGGGAUAUCGCAGGUCAAGAGAGGUUUGGCAACAUGACGAGAGUGUAUUACAAAGAAGCAGUGGGCGCGUUUAUAGUAUUCGACGUGACGAGAAGCGCGACCUUAGACGCAGUGGUGAAAUGGAAACAAGAUUUGGACUCGAAAGUGCAACUUCCUGACGGUUCACAGAUACCUUGCGUCCUUCUUGCGAACAAAUGCGACCAGCAGAAGGAGGGUCUAGUGAAUUCACCGGCGAAAAUGGACGAAUACUGUAAAGAGAAGAAUUUCGCCGGAUGGUUCGAGACUUCGGCCAAGGAGAAUAUUAAUAUCGAGGAGGCUGCACGAUUUCUUGUCAAUAAAAUACUUCAGAACGACCAGAUGAUGAAAGGUAAUGGCUCCCAGGAUCAGACAGAUGGCGAGCGGUUCGCAUUGAAUCAAACGCCAACGAGUUCAAAGAAAUCCUGUUCCUGCUGACGAAUCGGUAACCAACCGAUAGCAGGAUCGUCGGGUCCGUUAUCGUGGUCCUGCCAUCACCGUUUAGCCAUCGGUGCCAUGACACGAGAGUGCAGUUCUGCUUGGUCCACGUCGACCAUCGCCGUCGUCGUUGGAUCUCGUCUCGAUCGUGUAACCAAUUUCCUCCCUGAGAAACGAACCAUAAUAACGAUCAUUCCAUCGAUCAAAGUCAUCUUUUGUAAGAUUUCGAUGCUUCCUCGUACAUCGUCGUACAUGGUUACUGAUUGAGAAUUUAUGAAAAUCGAGCAUAAUUCUUCCAUUUGAUCUUUGUAAAUAUGCAUACAUAUAUAUAUAUAUAUACAAUGACGGACGAAAGAAAGUUUAAACGAUACUGUUUUAUUAUGACUUUAUUCGAGUUUUAGAAAGCGGAAUUCUAUUUUACGAGUACGAUGAAUAGAGGCGAUAUAUAUAUUCGAAGAAUGUGAUUGUUACCAAAAUGGUGAAAAGCAUCCAGUACGAAGUUACCAAUACUCGUAUAUCAUGGACUGAGGGUUUUUAUACAUUUAUAGGAAGGUGCAAAAUUGCACGGAAUGCACAUAAUAUGAUCCACGCUAUAGUGCUUCGCAUAACACUUUUCCAUCGAGAUUCCACUCUUUUGAUUAUAUCCUCAACAAUAUUAAUUUGUAUAAAAAUCUCCAGUCUAAGCGUGUGCAGGUUGCAAUUUUAAACUUUCUUUUGAUCACAACUGUUUGUGAUUCACGUUUGUCGGAGGUUUGGCUGGGUUUGUCGAAGAAGGUGAAGCUUGAAAUGCUGAAUAAGCGUGGAGAAAGUAGAGUUUUUAAAAUAUUGGAAUUCUUAGACGUAGUCAGGCUGACUAAUUCUUCAUCAAAAUGCUGAGAAUUCACAAUGAUUUUAUAGAUUUUCUUUUGUAGUUCUCAAGGGAUUUGAACGAUUCUUUUUCUACUGUAUAUGAAUGUAUUCUGUUUCCUUGCGUUACGUUUCUUCCCAUACUUCUCAUUUUAAUUCCUUUGAGAUCGAAGACAAGUUAAGAGUAGAUAAUCGAGAGUGUCAUUUAUAAGACGAAUAAUAAAUAGCAAAUAGCAAAUUAAACAUUUAAGAUAGACUUAACAUCUUCCCUUGAGUUCUACACUAAAUACCCAACUACACUGAAUUCCUUCAUCUGCUUUUAAACAAUUUUAACGUUAUCGUCCUUCGUGUCUUUACUUACAACGUGUUCUGUAUGUUUUCCAAGUAUUCAUUGUUCUAUUCCAAUCAUUUUAUAGUCCACUUAUAUCGCUCCUUACUUUUAUAAAAAGAAAAUUUGGAAUGUUUCAACUUUUAUGCGAAUGUGAUUAGUCUCGGCAUUCUGAGCUCACCAUUCUUCUAAAUCUUCAUAAUUAUGGCUUCCAUCAGAAAGAAACAAAAGAAUGAUAAGAAGAUUGUGAACGGAUGAAGGUUGAUCGAAAGCCAGCACCGCUUACAGGACGUUUUCGUUAACGCGAGACUACUACGACGAAUAAUCGAUGUAUCCGUCGCUGAAAGAGCCUGUGAAAACGCUCCUGCUCGAACUUUGCGACUCUUACCAUUCCAAAAGAUCGUUUUCACUACCUUAAUUCUAUAUUUCGUUAUUGCUGUACAGUAUUGAACGCGAAAGUUUUAGAAACACGAAUAAGGACAGCUAUAAUAAAUAAUUUCGACAUAAUGGAUAAAUGUCUGAGAGGUGGAUUAACGAAUACUUGAAAUGUACAAUUCGACUGUAAAGUAAUUUGCAUUUGUUAGGUAUCUUGGAUUUUUGUUCAUUUUUAUUCAGUAACUAUUCUUCUGUAAUUUUUACAUUCGUACUUCGUUUUCUGUCUCCACCUCUUGGUCUUAGAAGACCAUGCUAACGUAAGCCUAACGAAAUAAACCACUCUGACGUUUCAGCGAUUUUUAUAUCAAUUCUAAAUCUUAAGUUCUACCUGUUUUCUCUUUAUUUUUAUUUUAUUUUUGUUUGUUUGUUUGUUUGUUUGUUUUUU